AUGUACAACCGAGCUCCAAGAGUUACUGAGUUGGGCUCUUGCCAGACCACUCCAGAUGUGGGUCCUGCAACGUAUUUCCUCACGGAAGAUCGCGACAAGAGAGUUAAUGUUGUGCCGUUUCUAAGUAGCGAAGAAAAAGUUCCAAAGUUUUACCAAAAGAAACUUUGCGAGGCCUUCUAUGACAUACCGGGAUCCAUUGGAUCUGUUAAGGGUGGAUCUACUCCUAGGAACAGGGCUCCUAGAUUUGUUACAAAGGAAUCUGAUACUCCUAGUCCUGGAGAUUAUGAUUCAAAAAUUGAAAUCAAAUGUAAAAGAACCAUACCUUGCGGUGUACGACCUAAGAAAUUGUAUGUAUGUCGUAUUCCCUUUUCGGUCAAAGGUUCUGCUCCUUCGAUGCCUAUUGAUUCCUAUGGGUACAAUCUGACUAGAAACGAGAGUUUGAUUAAAAUUCCACCGAAAGAACUAGAUUUGACUCUUGGUCCAGCAUAUUAUCAAGUGCCCUGCGACAUAGUUUCCCAUUCAGACAAGGGGUGCAAAUGGUCAAGCAGAACAGGGAAGCGUCCUUUUUAUGAAACCGUCCCGGGUCCCGGCCCGGCGGCUUACGACGUGGAGUUGCCUAAGUAUCGGAAACGCGCAGAAGAAGAUGAAGUCCGCGAGAUGGCGCGCCGAUUCUCUUUCGUGCCGAGAUAUCUAGAAGCCCAGGAAUUGAAAUAUCUCAAAGAGGAUUUGCCUGGGCCAGCGGAUUAUAGUACUGAAAUUCGCGAUAUUUGUAAAGUAUGUCCUAGCCUAAAACCUCGUCCUUUCAUCUGUGGUAGCAAGAGAGUCACGAUAACAGUUUCUGAUAAUCCAGGACCAGCGGAGUACGAUAUUGGAAAUGUGGCAAAAUAUCCUGUGUCGAAAAGAGACGUGCCAUUCUCUAUAGAGUCCUCUAGGUUCGACAAAAGAAAAAUUGUUGGAACUCCUGGACCUGGAUCUUACAACAUAAAGAGUCCAUUAAUUGAAAGAAUAUUAAAAAAGAAAAACCAAUAUUCACUGAUAGAGAUACCUUUCAAUAACACGGCCAAAAGGGACGUCUCAGCUGUUGAUCCUUUUGUUGCUUCAUCACCGUCACCCGCGAACUAUUGUAAGGAGACCCAAGGCCGAUGUAAAAUAUUUGUGACAAGUGUUUUUAAGUCGAAAACCGUCCGAUUUAAACCCAUCUGCAAAAAAAAUGAGGUUAGCCCAGCAACGUACAACGUGACGAAUGCGUUCAACAAUGCUACAGAAAAGAUAUCUCAUCAGGCUAUGGAAGUGUCGUUUAAUGCCACAGCAGCAAGAAAAGGGAUUAUUUCGGAGGAAGUGACUCCGGGUCCCGCUGAUUACUGCAAACAAAUAAGUCUAAGCGACAAAGGCUACUACAUUCCAGUUAGUCCAAGAUUUGAGCAACCCCCUUCUGGUCCUGGCCCAGGAACAUAUCACGGUAACAGCGUCACGAUAUUCUGGUUCACCGCGUACUGCCGAUUGCAUUCCGAAUUCAGCGUUCUGUGCAGGACGCAACACUGA